CUCUCCCUCCGGCGCUUCACCUAUCAUUAGAGUCCGCUUUGGAUAGGUGAAGCAGCGCUGGAGAUAAGCAUUGCUGCUGACAUAGAGGUACGAUAAAAACAAGAGGAAGGAAGCGCGGGCAGGGAUCAUGGCCCAGCUCAGAACGGGAAUUAUGAUUGUGGCAUUUCUGAUUGUGCCCUUCUUGCAAACCUCCGAGGCCUUGGAUUUUAUCUUCUGGGAUGGACCAACGUGCACCGGCUUCGUGCAAUCCCUCUGCACCGCCAUCAGCAACGACACUUGCUGCGUCGCAGAUAAUGCCUACCAGUCAGUGCAGGUCCAGGAAGGGGAUCCAUGCAAAUCGGCCACCACCUUCAAAGACGGAGAUUGUGCUGCCAAUGUCACAGUUACCACAACCACUGGUAAUGUAUGCUUCGACAGCGGUGGAUCCACUUACACCGCGGCUAGCUGGACGCCUCUGCCUUGCAUUAAUGGCACCCCAAUCGUAGUUCCCAUCAACACGAGCACAAACGGGACGACCGAUAAUGGGACAUUCAAUGGAAGCACGCCCACCGUUCGCCGGAGGGCUCUGUUGAGUACUCUUCGUGGGCAGGAGGCCAUUCCAGAACGUGAUUUCACCAGCCAAGCCCGACCGGAUCACAAUGUAAUCUACUACCGAGAAGGUCCAACGAUGGGGAUCUGGAGCCUUUCCAGCGAUGGUGCUAGUAAAGCGGAGCUUCUGGAGCAACUUUCGAGUGUGCCGGACGAGGACAAAGUGUCCUGGUUGUUUUCUCAUGGCGCUACGUACGAUGAUGCAAUGGAGGGAGAGUUGUUGGAGAUUGUAGAGGCCUAAUGGCGUCGACUUCAUAGAAGUGUUACUGAUCGAUUGCUUCGGCUCAACCUGUAAUUAUAGACGAGGGGUUUAUCAUCUGAUUUUUUUCCGGUCGAGGAUUCCAGUAGAUAAUGAAAGUCGAGGUAGGGUGUGACAUCUACCUCAAUAGCCAUGCAGGCCUGUGCGGUAGCACAACCAUGCUACUGCACUUCACUUGGGAAUAAGGUCAAAUCAUACAUGAACUGAAAAUGUAUUUUGCCUAGUACAUGAAUGUGUCUUAAAG